UAUACCCAAGCUCUAUAAAUACUCUCGCCUAUCUCCACUUCACACAGCAACGUGUAUUCCUUUGUUUUCUACCUGACUCCUCUUUCACCGUUUCCUUAUAACCACUACACAAAACAGACACACACUGCUCUUUGUAUCUCUCAAAAACAAGAGUUUACUUCUAGUGUUUCCACGAUCAUAUACCUACGUAUAAUGAUGGGUUUCUCAAUGUUCUUCUCCGAAAACGAUGGUGUCCAUCACUCUUCGGCUUAUGCUUCUGUUGACUGCACUCUCUCUCUUGGAACUCCUUCAACUCGCCUCUGCAAUGACGACGAUGACCGUAGAUUCUCGUCUCACACUUCCAACAAUAUGUCCAACGCCUUAGGCUCAUGGGACUUCUUGCACGGUGGCAAGAAAGGCGGUGGUGGCGGCGGAAAUAACCUAUUGGCUCGCCGUUGCGCUAACUGUGACACCACUUCUACACCUCUUUGGAGAAACGGUCCAAGAGGUCCCAAGUCAUUGUGCAAUGCGUGUGGAAUCCGAUUCAAGAAGGAAGAGAGACGUGAGUCGACCGCCAGAAACUCCGCCAGAAACUCGACUUCCGGCGGAGUAUCAACGGCGGCGGCUGGCGUUCCGGUCUCCGAUCAUCACGGAGUUACAAAUUAUUACUAUAAUAACAACAAUAAUAAUAACAAUCAUUAUGAUUCAUCGUCGCCUUGGAUUCACCACCAACAUCAAAAUACGCAAAGAGUUCCUUAUUACUCGCCAGCAAAUAACGAAUAUUCUUUCGUUGAUGAUGUCAGAGACGAUAAUAAUGACCUCACGUCCGACCCGUUCUUAUCUUGGAGGCUUAACGUAGCCGACCGGGCCAGCCUUGUCCACGACUUUCCGAUGUGAUGAAUGAUCGUCACAUAGAUUUUUCCCAUUAAAUGUCUUAGCCUUGUAUACCACCUUAAUUCUAGCAACAACAACAAAAAGAAACCAUGGCCUUGGCCAAAGUAUUUAAUUUUUACUCUUUAUUUCACAUCUACUAAAUGUUUUGUUUGGUAUUUAUGUAAGUUUUCUAAAUUUAAAUUUCGUAUGAAGGACUUGUGUGUUCUUUU